AUGUCAGCCUCGGCCGAGUUCUCGGCGCCUCUGUUCGGGCUGGAAAACGGCGGUGAACCAUGGCACGUCGACUCGUUCGGGGGUGGGCUGGACCAGGAAGAUCCGAUGCAUGGUUUCGAGUGGUUUCCUGUAGAUGGCGGGCUUGAUGCUCCCGUCCCGCCCGAGGACUCUGCAAGCGCUGGCAAUGUCCAGUCCACUGUCGAGUCGGGCACGACUCCGGCGACGUCGGUCGAAACAGAAGUGUCAAGACCGGGGCAUCGACUGGCAGGUUUACAAAUGAACCUCGAUACGAUACUGGCAAAACUACCUACUCCUGCUGCGUACCACGUCCAAAAGGACGGGCCGCUAUACGAAUACCUCGAAAACUUUGGGCGAAGAUACCUGGCGGAUGGCUUCCCGGAAAGUAUCUUCACCUCGCUCCAGUGCCUAAUCGACCUGUACCCGGAAGCAACCGCCGCGAUAGUGACGCCGAUUGCCGCCGGCGACGAGCAGGACCCCGACCCGUGCGAGAUCGUGGGCUGCCUGCACGAGAUCGCACUGCCCGCGGAGCUGGCCAUGCUCGAGGAGCAGCUGGGCCAGAAGCCGGAGCCUGUGGACGGAGCGCUGGGCGGGCAGCUCGUCGCGUGCCACGUGCGUCUCCUCGACGUCGUGGACCGGCUCAUCAGAGGCGUCUUCAUGUGCGCGCGGCUCAAGGCCGUGCUGCCUCCGGAUGGACGCCCCACGUUCCGCAUGCCGGACCUCACGGUCGGGAGCUUCAAGCCGCCCGACCACUCGGCCGCGUUGAUGCAGAUCGUAUUGCUCAAGAACCUGCUGGACGAGCUCCUGUUUGUAUCGAGGGCGCUCCCUGCGGCUCUCGACAAGGUCGAUGUUGGGAAUUCGGCUGCGCGUGAGGCGUUGCUGUCGUUGCCGGUCUUGUUGCGACAGGCCGAGAGCCUUGGAAAGAGGCAUGAGCGCACUCUGGACCGCUUCAAGUCCCUAUUGACUUAUGUGAUUGGGUUGGGGUAUAUGGAAUGA